AUUCGCACACGCUUCUUAAACCCAUUAAACGACGCCACGUGCACCUUGCAGAAGUUGUCAAGAAACUACCUGUUGUCGAUCCAUACGAAAGGAUCUCUCCUCUCGUUUCCUAACUCGUGUUGGCUUUGAACAUUAGCCUUUUUGUCAAUUCUACGGUGUAGAUUUCUCAUGUUAAUCGAUUGAUCGAACUGAUCGAUAACUCCUUCCAAGCUAUGUUCAAGUUGUGGGGUUCUCAGGAGCAACAAGCUCAGCCACGUCCACAAGAUGCUCCUUCACAAUCUUGGUACCCUCCAUCUGUAGUGAGCUCUAAUUCCUCCCGCCCUGUAACACCAAGUAGCAGCUCUUCUGGUAGCUAUGGUUUGCAACAACAUACAGAUCGGCCACAGUCUCCUUCACACGUGUCACCUGCUGAAGCAGCUGGUAUUAUUGCUCUUUUGAAGGAUAAAAGUGUUGAUGAGCUUCGGAAGCUUUUGUCAGACAAGGAUGCAUACCAUCAAUUUUUACUUUCUGUUGAUCAGGUUAAAAUUCAAAACAAUAUAAGAGAUGAGCUUCGCAAAGAAACUCUGCAGCUGGCAAGGGAGAACUUGGACAAGGAGCCACGCAUAAUGGAGCUAAGGAACCAGUGCAGAAUAAUACGGACAACUGAGUUGGCUGCUGCCCAGGAGAAAUUAAAUGAACUGGAAAAACAGAGAGAAGAGAUUUUGAAGUCCAUCUCCCCUGUAUCCCUUCUCCAAAGGCUUCAAGAAGGAAUGAAUAAGACAGAAGAGGAAUCUGAAACCCUACACAGACAACUUCUUGACAGGGAGAUUGAACCCGCAGCUUUUGUGCAGAAGUACAAAAAACUCCGCACAACCUACCACAGAAGAGCGCUUAUCCAUCUUGCAGCUAGAACAUCAACUGGGUGACCAAGAAAUGUAAAAUAUGUUCCUUAUUUGUGUAUGAAUAUUUUUGCAAGACAAAUACACUUUUGACAUAUUUGUAUAUCAUAUAAUCAUAUUUUUGUUAUGGUUCAAUUCUCUAUUCAGUCGGCUUAA